AAUCCAAAACAAAAAAAGAAAAAAAUAUAAGAAAACUUUUUUCUUCUCUUUUUUUCCCUUUUCCAGAAAACAGUUGAAGGGACCCACACUAACCGUUGGUAUUUUUUUCUUCUUCCAAAUUUUCAUCUUUCCUAUGAAUGUAUGAAGCAAAUUCUAAAUUUUACACAUAAUUUCAAAUUUAUGAGAAAUUGAUCUUUGGUCAUUUCCAUAUUUACUGGGGAUCUUGAUUUAUUUGUAUCCUUUCGAUACAAAUUUCGAUCAACACAUCUCUAAUUUUCAACCAUAUGAUAAAAUCCGGAGAUUUGGAAGAUACAUUCAUACAAAUUUUGGGUUGAAGGGGAAAUUUUUUGGGUCAUAAUGUCUUCGAAUUUGUAUGCUGAUCAUUAUAAUCAAAAGAUUGAUUAUGUUUUUAAGAUUGUUUUGAUUGGAGAUUCUGCAGUUGGUAAAUCUCAAUUAUUGGCUAGAUUUGCAAGAAAUGAAUUUAGUUUAGAUUCAAAGGCUACAAUUGGGGUUGAGUUUCAAACAAAAACUUUACUUGUUGAUAACAAAACCGUUAAGGCACAAAUUUGGGACACCGCGGGACAAGAAAGGUAUAGAGCAGUAACAAGUGCAUAUUAUCGAGGUGCAGUUGGCGCGAUGCUAGUCUAUGACUUAACAAAACGUCAAUCAUUCGAUCAUAUGGCUAGAUGGCUGGAGGAACUAAGAGGUCACGCGGACAAGAACAUAGUUAUAAUGCUCAUCGCGAACAAAUGUGAUCUAGGAAGUCUUCGAGCUGUACCAGUUGAAGAUGCUCAAGAAUUCGCAGAAAGGGAGAAUCUUUUCUUUAUGGAAACAUCAGCACUUCAAUCCACAAACGUCGAGGGUGCGUUCAUGACAAUUUUAACAGAAAUUUAUAAAAUCAUUAGCAAGAAUACGCUCACUGCAGCUCCGGGAGCUGAUUAUGGGAAGUCGCAAUCUUUAAAGGGAACCAGGAUCAUUGUUCCUGGACAGGACUCGGAUUCUGGUGGGAAUAGUGGUGGUUGCUGCAUGUCGUCAUGAUUUUUUAUUGAGUUCUGAAGGUCUUUUUAUUUAUCCGAAAUCAUAAUACUACUGGGAAUGUUUUAUGUUUUAUGUAGAAUAGGGAAUUGUUGUUGAUGAUGAAGUUGAUUUAGAUAGUUUGUUUAGCUAUUUGUGUAUACAGUUCAUUAAGUUGUUCACUGGGCAUCAGGGGCGGAGGUACAACCCUUUCUAAGGGUUCUGUCAUGUAUUUGUGUUCAAAAUUUCACUUAAUACGUAUAAACAAUUUAUCCAGAAUCUA